ACAUAUUUUUAGUAGAUCAUAUAGAUUUGUAGAUAAUAACCCCACUUUUUUAACCUUUAAAUUUUACAUUUUUUAACAUUUUUAACUUAAAUUUUUCCAUUUUCUAAAGUUUUAACUUAAAUUUUUAGCAUUGUACUACAAAGAUUGAUAUUGUACAAUGUUUAUUGCAUCAAGAUGUCGUGCAAUUUCACACAGAGCUCCAUCCUUAAUUUUCCCCAAGUUUGGUCAAAAAAGAGAUUCUAGUUUUCAAUCCUCCCCAUAUGUUGAAGAUCUUGGCAGUGUUAAUAGAUCAUACGAGGUAACAAAAGAUACAACUGACUGGAGUUAUGUUCAGAGGGUAUUACCACCAAAAGUUGUACCAACUCCUGUUAAAAAGGAUGUAUAUCCCUCAGGCUGGCGACCUCAAACCAUUGAUAUCGCAGAUAAACCUUACUUUAUCAAACGAACAAAGAACCAUAUGAUUCCUUGCUAUUUAGAUAUAGGACAACGUGGUAUUAAAAGAACCACAUUAUUAAAAUCUAUCCAGGGUGAUAUUUGGCAAUUAGAAAAGGAGAUUAAGGAAUUUUUGCAACCGCAAGUUUUUCAAAUUCUCAGGGUACAAGUUAACGAAUUUGUAGGCUAUAUUCGAAUAAACGGAGACCACGUUAACGCUAUUAAAUACUUUCUAGAACAGAAGGGAUAUUGAUGUAUUUUAUUUAUUGUAAAUUGUAUUUUAAGUAGAAAUAAGGAUAUGAAAUAAAAGAACUGUUUAAAUAAAUACAUUUACUUUUAUUUCAGUCAAUCUCCUAAAAUGUAAUUUAAUACUAGGCAUAUAAAUAUAGGAAGAGGUAUUUAUAGAAGGACAGAAAACACUGGAACAUAAACAUGACAACUUUAACAUGUGUCAAAGAACAUAUACAUGCAUAGGUGUAUAAAUACAUAUAGUCUGUCAAAUGAACAACAGACAACAUCCAAAAAAUGACAGAAAAUUCACUUUACCUGUCAGUUAAAAUGUCAGAGACAGAUAACUGUCAUGGAUUCUCUCCUUGAACAGACUAUAUAUAGAAUAUACUACGUGUGUAGACACCUAAAAUUAUCCAUGAGUGGACGUUCCAAUAGCUAUUAUUUUAAGAAAAACAUCCACAUUUAUUAUCUUAAAAUAAAGUAGCAUUUGAACUAUUUUUACAAUUAAUAACAUGCAGAAGAAUCUUCACUGACCAUGUGUUAAUUACUAUUUCUUAAAUAUCACAAUUCAGAGAUUUUUAUGUACUUAUAUUCCUACAUUAUAUAGUUUUAUAUAUUUGUUUUAUUAUUUCUUCAUUUGUUAAUAAUUGCCCAAUUACUAACGAUUUUUCUUUAUUAUUAGUGUGGAUUUACAUGCAUCAGUCAUUGGUUUUAAGCAAUUUUAUUGGUUAUUUCAAAAAUGACCGCUAAUACUUUGUGCUUGACGUGACGGACGACGCAUUACAGAUGCAUGGAAACCCAUAAAUGCACAAUAUCAUAUGCACUAAUAACAAAUUUCUAAUUUUUUGAAUAAGCCAAAUUUCCAAUUUUUUUAAAAGUUACAAGAAAAACUCAAGAGAUCAAUCUUGUUGAAAAAGGAUGGACAAUCAGGAAAAAAUAUAUUUUUUGAAAAAGCAGUGGCGUACCAUUUAUUUUAAUAAAUUAAUCCAGGAGUGUGUGUAUGGACACCACUGGUUCAAGUAGUCUAGGCAGGAUUCAGGACCCCAUGUUUAUAUGAAUUUUUUUCUUAAAAACAGAUGAAGAAUUACAAUUUUUUUUUAUUACUUAGGAAACACCCUGUAUAUAGUUACAAUUUUUUGAAAAAAUUACACGAUUUUUCUUUUCAACCUCAUCAAAAACAAUGUCUUUAUUUUUUAAAUAAGCUGUUUGAAUUUUGUACAAAUCUCAUUGGUUCUUUUAACGUGUCGCUGUUCUGAGAACGGGGCUUAAUGCCGAAAAUAUUUUAGAAAGAUGGAGCAGGUACCUUUAUGUAAAAAUUCAAAUUUUCAUAAAAAUUCUAUAACCUGUUUUCCAUAAACGUCUAACACAGGCAAAACUUUCAGUGUGUUCCCUAGUUAAUGCGUUUUACCUGACAGGGGCAAAAUGUUACAUAAUGUAGACAAGGCUUAAGAAUAAAAAAAAA